UCGCCUGAAAAUGAAGGGAGGAAAGGGAAAAGGGGCAACAAAGAAGGAAACUAAGGAAGUGCUGAAGCCAGCUGAUGACAGAAAGGUUGGGAAACGCAAGGCUGCAAUUAAGGCAGAUAAGAGUAGCAAAAGACAGGCCAAGAAGGAAAAAAAGGCCAAAAAAGAUCCUAACAAACCAAAGAGGCCUCCAAGUGCUUUCUUUGUUUUCCUUGAAGAGUUCAGGAAACAAUACAAGCAGGAACAUCCCAAUGUGAAGGCUGUCUCAGUUGUUGGUAAAGCUGGAGGAGAGAAGUGGAAAUCAUUGUCUGAUGCUGAGAAAGCUCCAUAUGAAGCCAAAGCUGCAAAAAGGAAGAGUGAAUACGAAAAGCAAAUGUCUGCCUACAACAAGAAACAAGAAAGUGUGACUGAUGAUGGUGAUGAGGAGUCUGAUAGGUCAAAGUCUGAAGUCAAUGAUGAGGAUGAAGAGGAAAGUGGAGAGGAGGAGGAAGAUGAGGAUGAGGAUUGAAGACGGGGACAUCCGGACUAUGGAAUUACAGAGAAGCCUCGGUUGUUUAUGACGGUGCCUUGGGUCGAAGUCUUGGGCCUUUGAAAUGAUAAUGAUGUCGUUACUGUGCCUCUCUAUUUCCAAUGUUAGGCUUUGUAUAUUUGUUCACUUAUCUUGCUUUUAUGCUAAGUGGAACCUAUGCUUGCAAAGAAUACUCAUCCUUGUAGUAAGUCUUAUCAGUUGCUAUUUUUUAAUCGUAUCCAUAAACCUAUGAUGAAUCUAUUAUUGUAGGAGCAGAUGCGCUCCUGACAAUGGUCAUAUUAUCUGCAAGAAUUUGAUGAUGCUUAGAUGUC